CAACACCCAUUCAUUCCGUCACUGGUUUUCAUCAACAUCCUCCAACUUAACCAAUACUUCGCCAACACCCAAAACCACAUGUCGAGGUUGCGGGGGGAUGAGGAGGGAUGACGCUUCUCCUUGGCUCACCUGGCGCUGGCAAGACCACACUCAUGACUGCCCUGGCUGGCCACCUGGACAGGCACCUGAAGCUCGCCGGCUCCAUCACGUACAAUGGGCAGGAGCUGAAAGAUUUCAACCCUGCCCGAACAGCGUCUUGUGUGCCACAGACCGACGAGCACAUUGGCGAGAUGACCGUUAGGGAACCCUUGACUUCUCCCGCUCAGCUGCAGGGCCGCGGGCCGUUCAGAGUGCUUGUGGAGGAGUUGGAGAGGAGGGAGAGGGAGAUGGGGGUGGAGCCGGAUGCGACAACAGCCCUGCUGAUGAAGGCCAUGGCAGUGGAGGCCAACCCGUCCAACAUGGUCACCAACUAUCUGCUGCAGCUGCUGGGGCUGGGCAUCUGUGCGGACACAGUGGUGGGCAAUGCUUUGGUGCGAGGCAUUUCAGGCGGGCAGAAGAAGAGGCUGACCACAGGCGAGGAGAUGGUGGGCAUGAGACAGGUCCUCCUGAUGGACGAGAUCAGCACGGGCCUCGACUCCUCCACCACCUUCCUCAUCGCGCGCUGCCUGCACCACCUCACGCACGCGCUGCGCACCACCACGCUCGUCGCGCUGCUGCAGCCUGCCCCCGAGACCUUUGCGCUCUUCGAUGACGUGCUACUGCUGGCAGAGGGCCAUGUGGUGUACCACGGGCCCCGGGAGGGCGUCAUGGGGCUCUUCCAGUCACUUGGGUUCGACUGCCCGCGCAGGAAGGGAGUUGCGGACUUCUUAUUGGAGGUGACGUCAGCCAAGGACCAGGCGCAGUACUGGGUGGACCGGUCUCAGCCGCACGAGUUCAUGGCGCCUGGCGAUAUCGCCGCCGCCUUCCGCCACUCCGCCAGCGGCAAGCAGAGGCAGGCAGAGCUGGCGGCCCCCUUCCCGCCCACAGAUGCGUCCAAGUCAGCACUGGAGUUGGCGCCCUAUGCCCUCUCGGCCACUCAGAUGCUGACAGCUGUCUUCGCCCGGGAGUGGCUGCUGAUGAAGCGCAACGCGCUGCUCUACAUGGCGCUCAUCAUGCAGGUCAUAUUCACAGGGCUCAUGUCAUCCACAGUGUUCCUGUACACGCAGCGCUCCAUCACCGCCAAGGACGGCAACAUCUACCUGGGGGUGCUGUUUCUGGGGAUCACCAUGAUGCUCUUCAACGCUUUCUUCGAGCUCCUGCUCUUCACGCUGCGCCUCCCCAUCUUCUUCAAGCAACGGGAUGCGCGCCUCUUCCCCGCCUGGGCGUGGGUGCUGCCCAUGGCGCUGCUCUCGCUGCCGCUUUCUGUGGUCGUCGCGUCCCUCUGGACGGUCUGCACCUACUUCCUUGUUGGCUUUGCGCCCGAGGCUGGAAGGUUCUUCAUCCAGCUGCUCAUCUUCUUCCUCAUCCACCAGGUGGGCGUGGCGCUCUUCCGCCUGCUGGGCGCGUUGGGCCGCAACCUGGUGGUGUCCGUCACCCUGGGCAACUUCUGCUUCAUCCUCCUCUUCCUGCUCGGGGGCUUCAUUGUUGCCAAAAACGACAUCCGGCCGUGGUUCAUCUGGGCGUACUGGAUGUCGCCCAUCACCUACGCACAGAACGCCAUCUCUGUCAACGAACUGCUCGCCCCCCGGUGGCAAGUGUCCACAGCGCCCCUGGUCCCCAACUCCACGGUGGGGCUGGUGGUGUUGGCGGGGCGCGGGCUGCCCUCGGAGAGCAAGUGGGUGUGGAUCGGCGUUCUGGCACUCAUCGGCUUCACUCUCCUCUUCAACGGACUCAUCGUCGUCGCCCUCUCCAUCCUCCACCCAUGGGCCAAGGACCAGCCAGUGACAGAGGAGCAGCUGGAGGCCAGGGUGGAGGCAGCAGUGGGCCUCACGCCCACCACAGCCACCAGCAGACGCCUCUCCAGGCGCUUCAGCAGCAGCAAGGGCAAUGCUGGCGGCGGCGAUGGUGGGGGGGACAUGGGCUCGCUGCCCAUCAGCAUCAGCAUCACCCGCACCCAGUCAGGGCAAAGCUCCCGCUCUGUGGGGUCCCGCAGUGGAGCCCUCGAGCGGUACUGUGAGAGAGUCUCCUCCUCUCGCUCCCUCGGCGGCCCACUCGAGCCCUCUCUGUCGCGUGACCUCUCCGUGCCGCCCGCCACCACGCGCGGCAUGGUGCUCCCCUUCCAGCCGCUGCCCCUGUCGUUCCACAACGUGUGCUACUGGGUCGACAUGCCACCCGCCAUGCGCUCCCAGGGGGGGGACACGCCCUCCCGCCUGCAGCUCCUGAGGAACGUCUCUGGGGCGUUUCGCCCAAAAGUGCUGACGGCACUGGUGGGGGUGACGGGCGCGGGGAAGACUACUCUCAUGGAUGUGUUGGCAGGGCGGAAGACGGGGGGAUAUAUCGAGGGGGAUGUGCGCGUGGCGGGGCACCCGAAGGUGCACAAGACGUUUGCGCGCGUGUCGGGGUACUGCGAGCAGAGCGACAUCCACUCCCCGCAGGUCACGGUGCAUGAGUCGCUGCUGUUCUCGGCGUGGCUCAGGCUGCCAGCCGACAUCGACAGGGACGUGAGGGAGGAGUUCGUGGAGGAGGUGAUGGAGCUGGUGGAGCUGGACGUGCUGCGGGGCGCGCUGGUGGGGCUGCCGGGGGUGAGCGGGCUGUCCACGGAGCAGAGGAAGCGGCUCACCAUCGGGGUCGAGCUGGUGGCCAACCCCUCCAUCAUCUUCAUGGACGAACCCACCUCAGGUCUGGAUGCGAGGGCAGCGGCCAUUGUGAUGCGCACGGUGCGCAACACAGUGGACACGGGAAGGACUGUGGUGUGCACCAUCCACCAGCCGUCCACCGAUAUCUUUGAGGCGUUUGACGAGCUGCUUCUAAUGAAGACAGGAGGACAGGUUAUUUAUAUGGGGCCUCUGGGGGUCAACUCGAAGCAUCUCAUCAGCUAUCUUGAGGCAAUACCCGGGGUGGCCCCCAUCCCCGAUGGCUACAACCCUGCCACGUGGAUGCUUGAAGUCACAGCGCCUGCUGCUGCUGAGAGCAUUGGGGCCGACUUUGCAGAAAUAUUUUGCAGCUCGCAGCUUUUCAGGGACAACGAGGCGCUGAUCGCCUCCCUCUCCUCUCCCGCUCCCAACUCCGCGCCACUGCACUUCCCCACGCGCUACGCCACCUCCUUCCUCACGCAGUUCGCCGCCAACUUCUGGAAGCGCGCCCUCAUGUACUGGCGUGCGCCCGACUUCAAUGCCGUGCGCUUCUUCCUCGCGGUGUGCAUGUCGCUGAUCAUGGGCGCCAUCAUGUUCAGCUUCGGCCACUCCCACACCACGCAGCAGGAGGUGCUGAACGUGAUGGGCGCCCUCUACGUGACGGCCCUUCUCAUGGGGUGGAACGCAGCCACGUCCCUCCAGCCCAUGCUGUGCACCGAGCGCACUGUCUUCUACCGAGAGCGCGCCGCCGGGCUGUACGGGUCUCUCCCGUAUGCUCUGGCGCAGGGUGCGAUCGAGGCGCCGUACAUAGUGGUGGAGGCGCUGCUGCUGUGCGUGAUCACAUAUGCGCUGCUGGUGCUCCAGUGGACCGCGGCCAAGUUCUGGCUGUACUGCGCGUUCAUCACCCUCACGCUGCUGUGCUUCGCCUGCUUUGGCAUGAUGGCAGUGGCCAUCACGCCUAAUGAGCUGCUCGCGGUGGUGCUCAGUGGGUUCUUUGUCAUGUUGUGGAAUCUCAUGUGCGGCUUCCUCAUCCCCAAACCGGAAAUCCCCGUGUGGUGGAGCUGGUUUUACUACAUCAACCCCAUAGCAUGGUCGCUCUACGGCCUCAUCACCUCUCAGCUGGGGGACAUUCAGGACAUCUUGACGGUGCCGGGAGCGCCGAUCCAGCUCACAGUGCAGCAGUACCUGGACGUGUACCUGGGUUACCAGGAGGCCUGGGUUGGUUACGCCAGUCUUAUCCUCCUCGGCUUCACGGCUCUCUUCUUUGUCGUCUUUGCAGUGGCGCUUAAAGUCAUCAACUUCCAAAAACGCUAGAAAUUCUUUCUAGGAGCUGCAUGCCGAAAGUGUGUGAGAGGGGGAGGGGGGGGGCUUGUAGACAACCAGGCAAGGCAUUGAACCCGUUUGUAGCAAACCGUGAGUUGAUUGCAUGGGAUGUUAUGCUCGAACAGUGCUAGCUUAGCUUGCACAAACCAUGUGCUAGCUUACAUCGAUGCAUUUAGGGGCUUGUAGAGGGCUAGACAACACAAGACAGCCCCGUUUAACAAGCAGGAUCGCAAGUUAGUCCAUGAAGUCGACAAGGUUGAUAUGUGUUGGAAAUAUCUCAAAAGACUUGAGCGU